AUGCAGCGGUCUACGCAAUUCCUUAGGCGCCAAUUGGCGCAAGUCUAUAUCCAGCACCCAUCUACAGCCCGGCGCAGUGUCGUCAAUGGCUCUGCGCCGCUGCGUCGCCUGUCUACAACCCGGCCGCUGCGUAUCAUGGAGACGACCGGCUUCACAGAAAACCAGCUCAUGGUUCGCGAAGCCGUCUCGCAGAUAUGCGCCGAGUUUCCCAACACGUACUGGCAAGAAAAGGACCAGGCCGAGCAAGACCCCCACGAGUUCCACGCAGCCCUGGCCAAGGCCGGAUGGCUGGGCAUCGCGCUGCCAGAGUCGCUCGGCGGCGCAGGCCUGGGCAUCUCCGAGGCCACCAUGAUGAUGCAGACGAUUGCCGAGUCCGGGGCGGGCAUGGCGGGCGCGCAGGCCAUCCACGCCAACGUCUACGCCACGCAGCCGCUCGCCAAGUUUGGCUCCCGCGCGCAGCUCGAGGAGACGAUUCCCAACAUCAUCUCGGGCAAGUGGCGCGUCUGUUUUGGUGUGACGGAGCCCAACGCGGGGCUGGACACGCUGCGGCUGUCGACGAGGGCCACGAGGACCGACGACGGCGACGGCGGGUAUUACUACAGCAUCACGGGGCAAAAGAUUUGGAUUACGUGCGCGCAGGUGGCGUCGCGCAUGAUUCUGCUCGCGCGCACCACGCCGCGCGACGAGGCCAGGAAGCCGAGCGAGGCGCUGUCGCUGUUUUGCAUUCCCCUCGACAGCCAGGCGGCCGACAACGGCCUCUCGCUGCGCAAGAUUCGCAAGAUGGGCGGGCGCGCCGUCGACGCCAACGAAGUCUUUUUUGAAGACUACAAGGUCCCCGCGUCGAGUCUGAUCGGUCAAGAGGGCAAGGGCUUUCAGAUGAUCCUGCACGGCAUGAACGCCGAGCGCUGCCUGCUCGCCGGGGAGGCUCUCGGGCUGGGCUACGCCGCCGUGGCAAAAGCGGCCGAGUAUGCGUCGGAGCGCGUCGUCUUUGAGCGCCCGAUUGGCAUGAACCAGGGCGUCGCGCACCCGCUGGCCGACGCGUACAUGAAGCUCGAGGCGGCCAAGCUGGCAACGUACCACGCGGCGCGCUUAUACGACGAGGCUAGCAGCAGCAGCAACAGUAGCAGCAAUGCGGACGGGUUCAUCAAGCAGGAUGCCGUCGGCGUGGCGGCUAACAGCGCAAAGUACUUGGCGGCUGAGGCUGCCUUUACGGCCUGCGAGAGGGCGAUUCUGGCACACGGCGGCAUGGGCUACGCACAAGAGUACCAUGUUGAGCGCUGGUUCCGCGAGUGUCUGGUGCCUCGCAUUGCCCCGGUAAGCCGCGAGAUGAUUCUCAACUACAUUAGCGAAAAGGUACUGCGCCUGCCUCGAAGCUAUUAG